UUCCCUUUUGGGAUCAACGAGCUGUGUGGCGCCUGUGCGGCUUCUUAGCGACCUGCUGGUGGCGCUUGGUGGCUUCCUGCCAAUCCACUCCUCUCCUCCCGCGCAAGAGGGCAAUCCCAACCCCACCGAGAACAUCGAACCCAAAAGAACCGGGAGUUACACUCAAAGUCUUCCCCCUUCUUAUCACUUCAGCCGAUUUCCCUCUUCCUUUUUGCACGCCUUCACUCUUCCCCGCCGGAAACGCCGCCCCUUCCUCCUACAGUUCCGCCCGGCUGUCCCUCGACUCUUGUCUUCCCUCGCGCGCGCGUAGACAGUGACUCGAAGGACCCCCCCUCCUCUUCUCUGCAGCCCCUCCCCAAGCACGCUGGGAGACUGUUAGAGGGGAUAGGGUGGGGCCCGAAGAGGAAGAGAAAGGAAACCAGUCGGAUUGGUUAGGCAGCUGCCAUGGCAACUAGAGGCUGUGGUUGUAUUGUCAUAGUAACCGAUGUGUGCGGACAGGGUGACCCUCCCCUUGGUGAAUGGAUUCCCAGGAAACCACCCAGGGUUCCCCGUUGGCAUCUCGUCCUUCUAAAGGCCUCUCCUAAGUUGGGAAUCGAGGUAGUUAUCCCCGGUGAUAAAGUCCACUUACUCCUCCCUUCCCACUUCCCACAGAAAUUGGGGGGACACCCCGAGGCAUUCACCAUGGGCUUUUCCACCCGCCUGCGGGCGGGAACCACCUCCAUAGUUUCCUCUCAGAGCCAGGCGUGUAGAGGGCUGGGCCUGCGAAGAAGAUGCAUGGCCUGGAGGCUGGCGGGCGGCGGACUGGAGUCGGGAGGGCGAGGCAGCCGCGCCAAGAGGCGAGGAAUGGCGAGGGGUUUUCCCCACAACUGCACUGGGCUCUGGGAGGCGGGAUCCCGCCAGGACGGGGUCCCUGAGGGAGGAGAGCGGCACACGACAGCCGCGAUGCCUCCCCUGCAGACGGGGAUAGCCGACUUCUCCUGGCGGGUCGACCCCUCCCCCAAAUCCACCCCACCCGCGUACUCCCUCUUGACCUAGCCGUUGCGAGCCUGCCGCGGGGAGGCCAGGGUGAGGGUGGGAACACAUCCUAGAAGCCUAACACGUGGUUUUCUAUCAUUUAAGCUGGGGACGAGCAGCAAGACUGACUAUCGCCAUCACUGUGAUAGGCACCCCACAGUGGGGAUCUCGCUUGUUAAAGGCAGACCUCCAAGUUCCUCUCUCCUCUGCAGCCUUUCUCCUCUCACGGGUCUGCAGUGUUUUAAAACUCGUCAUUCUAUGUCAUUGGGUGAGACAGGAAAACGUUGGAUAAAAUACUAUCAAGAAGAGCCCUAGAUACAUCUGUCUGAUGAAAGGAGUCAAGAAAAGGAAGUUUCAUUCUUAGAACAUAUCUUUUUGGAUAUUUAUUGUUUUGUGUCAGGUUUCGGGCCAAAAAGCUGAAAUAAAGAAUGAAGUCAAUAAUAAUAUGGAGUGUAUGGGAAAUAGCUGGAAAAUUCAUAAUCCAUGGCUCGAAGAAAUUGACAUUUUACAAGUUAUAUUUUCAGUCCGUAUUGUGGAGUCAUUUAAGCAGCUAUCCCAAAGUACUUAUAUGUGGCUGUAUAAAACCUUCCAAGAAUGCAGCCUUCAUAGGAUAGUUAAAAUCAGAAUUUUAAUGGGCUAUUUUGAUUUGGUUUGGUCUGUUAUGGCUACAUGAUUCCUGCUGUCUUUUUCCAUGCCAUCUGAAGAGGCACUUUCAAGAUCCUUCCCUGAGACCUGCACCAAUCAAACUAUGCCAAUGUUCCUUUGAAACCGCAGGUAUAAGUUUAGCGGAAACGAAAGUAGAACCUGCUUUGAAAUAAAUUCCAAGGACAGAUUGUCAUUAACGAAAUAGAAAGUGGACUAUGCCCCUCAUAUUGCCAGCGUCUGGUAUGAUGCAGCGUGACGCGCGGCGCUUGCUGCAGUACAAUGCCCCCAAUCACCCGCCCGGCACCGACGCGCCACCCACUCACGGGAAAGAGAGCCACCUAGUGAGGGAUUAUUCUCAUCUCCGCGGUGGGGUUCUGCUUUUCCUUCUACCCUGAGCGCCCAGGGAUAGAGAGUCCUACUGCCUAUUACAUCAGAUAGCCUACAUUUCUUUCCUAAAAUUUAUUGGUUAGAUAUUUUUCUUUUUUCUCUCUUUUUUUAACUUAAAGACUUUUUCUCUAUUUUUUUUUAACUUAAAGAGUGAUAGUAUAAUGAUUAGAUUUUUUUAAGAUUUCAACAAGAAAAAUGGUAAUAAUUAC